GGUGCCGUGGGCGGGCGGUGCUGGGCCGGGCCCGGAGCAGCCGGAGGAGCCGUCGCGGAGGGAAGCGGGUCCCGCAGGCGCCGCGAUGCCGGCCGUGUCCAAGGGGGACGGGAUGCGGGGCCUGGCGGUCUUCAUCUCCGACAUCCGCAACUGUAAAAGCAAAGAGGCCGAAAUCAAGAGGAUCAACAAGGAGCUGGCGAACAUCCGCUCCAAGUUCAAGGGGGACAAGGCCCUGGACGGCUACAGCAAGAAGAAAUACGUGUGCAAACUGCUCUUCAUCUUCCUGCUGGGCCAUGACAUUGACUUCGGGCACAUGGAGGCCGUCAAGCUGAGCUCCAACAAGUACACGGAGAAGCAGAUUGGUUACCUGUUCAUCUCGGUGCUGGUGAACUCCAACAGCGAGCUGAUCCGCCUCAUCAACAACGCCAUCAAGAACGACCUGGCGAGCCGCAACCCCACCUUCAUGUGCCUGGCGCUGCACUGCAUCGCCAACGUGGGCAGCCGCGAGAUGGCCGAGGCCUUCGCCUCCGAGGUGCCCCGCGUCCUGGUGGCCGGCGACACCAUGGACAGCGUCAAGCAGAGUGCGGCCCUCUGCCUCCUGCGUCUCUACAAGACCUCGCCCGACCUGGUGCCCAUGGGCGAGUGGACGUCCCGCGUGGUGCACCUGCUCAACGACCAGCACAUGGGUGUGGUCACGGCCGCCGUCAGCCUCAUCACCUGCCUCUGCAAGAAGAACCCCGACGACUUCAAGACGUGCGUCUCCCUGGCCGUGUCCAGGCUGAGCCGGAUCGUGUCGUCAGCCUCCACGGACCUGCAGGAUUACACCUACUACUUCGUGCCGGCCCCAUGGCUCUCCGUGAAACUCCUGCGCCUGCUGCAGUGCUACCCCCCGCCAGAGGACGCGGCGGUGAAGGGGCGGCUGGUCGAGUGCCUGGAGACCAUCCUCAACAAGGCGCAGGAGCCCCCCAAGUCCAAGAAGGUUCAACAUUCCAACGCGAAGAACGCCAUCCUCUUCGAGGCCAUCAGCCUCAUCAUCCACUACGACAGCGAACCCAACCUGCUGGUGCGGGCCUGUAACCAGCUGGGCCAGUUCCUGCAGCACCGGGAGACCAACCUGCGGUACCUGGCGCUGGAGAGCAUGUGCACCCUGGCCAGCUCCGAGUUCUCCCAUGAGGCUGUCAAGACCCACAUCGAGACGGUCAUCAAUGCCCUCAAGACGGAGCGGGACGUCAGCGUGCGGCAGCGUGCGGCCGACCUGCUCUACGCCAUGUGCGAUCGCACCAACGCCAAGCAGAUCGUGUCCGAGAUGCUCAGCUACCUGGAGACGGCCGACUACUCCAUCCGAGAGGAGAUCGUGCUGAAGGUGGCGAUCCUGGCGGAGAAGUACGCGGUGGAUUACAGCUGGUACGUGGACACCAUCCUCAACCUGAUCCGCAUCGCGGGCGACUACGUGAGCGAGGAGGUCUGGUACCGCGUCAUCCAGAUCGUCAUCAACCGCGACGAUGUCCAGGGCUACGCCGCCAAGACCGUCUUCGAGGCCCUGCAGGCUCCCGCCUGCCACGAGAACAUGGUGAAGGUCGGGGGCUACAUCCUGGGGGAGUUCGGGAACCUCAUCGCCGGAGACCCCCGCUCCAGCCCCCUGGUGCAGUUCAACCUGCUGCACUCCAAGUUCCACCUGUGCAGCGUGGCCACCCGGGCCCUGCUCCUCUCCACCUACAUCAAGUUCAUCAACCUCUUCCCCGAGACCAAGGGCACCAUCCAGGAGGUGCUGCGCUCCGACAGCCAGAUCCGCAACGCCGACGUGGAGCUGCAGCAGCGGGCCGUGGAGUACCUGAAACUCAGCUCCAUCGCCAGCACCGACGUCCUGGCGACGGUGCUGGAGGAGAUGCCGCCCUUCCCGGAGCGCGAGUCGUCCAUCCUGGCCAAGCUGAAGAAGAAGAAGGGGCCCGGGGCCGGCAGCGAGCUGGACGAGGGGAAGAAGGAGCCCGGGGCGGAGCUCAACGGGGGGGUGGAGCCCACGGCCAGCACCACCGUGAGUCCCCCGCAAGCCCCCCAAACCCGCCUUUCUCCUCUUGGCUCUGAGCAUCAGCCGGGAGCCAGCCGGUCCCGGACAGACAGACAGACAUCGGCCCCCGCCCCUGACAGCAGGCUCUCCGCCAUGGUGCCCCUCGAACUGGUCUCGCUGCUCGUGGUGACUCUGGCAGGCCGGUGUGAGUCGCAGCGGAUGGGGGAGCCCCCGGCCAGAUGGCACCCGCCGCCCGUGAUCUCCUUCCUGCAGCAGUUGCGGGGGGCCCAGAGGGGGCCCCCCCUGGCAGCGCCUGCCCGUUGGGAGCCCGGCCCAGCAGCUGGAGCCAGGCCUGCGUGGUACGUCCAGCCGGAGGACGCGGGAGAGGCGCUUGGCCUGCCCAGGAGCCCCCGGCGCCGGAUCCCCCGCCAGCUCUCUCUGCAGACGACUGGGCGCGGCUGCCAGCUGGGCACGUGUCAGACCCAUCGCCUCUUCAACUGGCUGUACCACAUCGGGGCCAGCGACCACAAAGACGACUCCCAGAAGGACAUGGCCGACCCCAUGGGCUACGGGCGCCGGCGCCGCCGGGAGGGGAGCCCUGGCUGGCACCGGGGGCCUGCCCCCCACCGGGACAGCACCCGCUGAGAGCAGGGCUGGGCGCGGCCGGGGCACAGGGAGCCCCACCCCGCAGAGACACAGCCUGAGCCGGGGGCGGCCCAGCACCUCUGCCCGGAGACACACGGCACCGGCUGAGAAGAGGGGGUGGGCACAGCCGGGGGGGGCUGGCACCCACUGGCACGCGCACCCCCACCCUGGGGAGACACUGCCACCUACCCGCCCACACCGGCUCCUUGCUGCCCCCUGCAGGCAGCCGUGGUGGCUGCCUCAUGCACCCCAUGGCAAAGGGGCAGCCGGCCCCCCAGAGCUGGGGAUCGGACCAAGGAUUGUGCCGGGGGGGUGUGGAGAUAUGCCCCCCCCCGCCCAGCAGCACUUGCCCAUCUACAGUGAGCAGCCCGGCAGCACCCAGGGACCCCCAAGUGGUGCUGUGGGACAGGGCAAGAGGGGGGGAGACAGACUGUGGGGUGGGGGGGGUCCUCCUGGGCCCCUGAAUAAUGGGC